AUGGUUAUGAUAAUUUAAAAUGUAAUCUUUGUAGUUUAAUAAUAGAGAUUCGAUUCAAUAAUAUAAAAAAGGAAAAUAUAAUAGAUAGGAUUGAAUUAAAAAUUGGAUAAUAUCCUACUAAAGCCAGAUAAAAGUAUUAAGUUAGACCAUCUAUGGCUCCAGGAUAUUUUUAUUAAAUCGAUGUUUCAGCCAAAAGUGAAGUACAUUUUUAGGUAUUAUAGGACUAGCAAUGAAUGA